GUGAACAUCUAGAUUCUCCUCUGUAAAAUGGAAGAUCAAGACAUCAUACUGUAUUCUUCUCUUGCUGCUAUCCUCCUCCUCUUCCUCGCAUUCAAAUUCUUACUUUUGUCCAAAACAUGGCACAAGAACCUUCCCCCAAGUCCACCUUCUCUCCCCAUGAUCAGCCACCUUCAUCUCCUCAAACCCCCAAUCCAUCAUGCUCUACUCAAGCUCUCCCAAAAAUAUGGUCCAAUCAUCUCUCUAAAAUUGGGGUCCUGCCGUGUGGUUGUCAUCUCUUCAGCAUCAGCAGCCGGGGAAUGCUUCACCAAGAACGAUAUCAUUUUGGCAAAUCGCCCCAAGUCACUCUACGGCAAGCAUAUUGAGUAUGGUCACUCCACAUUAUCACAAUCCCCUUACGGUGACCAUUGGCGCAACCUCCGUCGCAUCAGUACCAUGGAAAUCUUCUCCCAGAGUCGCCUCAACGCUCUUCUCCAAGUAAGAAAAGACGAAGUGAGACGUUUAUUAUUAAAACUAUCCACUACUGCAGGCCAUGGCUUUGCAAAAGUAGAGCUCAAAUCAAUGUUCGUGGACUUAACGUUCAAUAAUCUCAUGAGAAUGGUGGCGGGAAAGCGGUAUUACGGUGGUGAUGAGGAUGUCACCAAUUAUGAAGAGGCAAUGCAGUUUAAAGAACUCAUAGCACAGAUAUUACAGAUCGCAGGGCCGAAUGUGGCAGAUUUCUUGCCAAUAUUGAAAUGGUUCAGGAAUGAUGAGAAGAAACUUAUAAAUCUUGCUAAGAGAAUAGAUGGAUUCUUGCAAAAACUGAUUGAUGAGCAUCGGAUCAAGGAAGGAAACACCAUGAUAGAUCAUCUCCUUUCAUUACAAAAAUUAGAGCCCGAUUACUGUACUGAUCAAAUCAUAAAAGGGCUUGCUUUGGUUCUUAUAUUUGCAGGAACUGAUACAUCUGCGAUUACAUUGGAGUGGGCAAUGGCUAAUUUACUAAAUCAUCCAGAUGUACUAAAGAAGGCUAGAGAUGAGAUAGACGCUCAAGUUGGCGAUGAAAGGUUGAUGGAUGAAACGGAUGUUCCGAAUCUCCAUUACCUUCAAAACAUAAUAUCGGAGACACUUAGACUGUAUCCACCAACCCCUCUUCUUGUUCCCCAUUUCUCCUCCUCGGAUUGUACUGUAGGUGGGUAUGAUGUGCUACGCGACACAAUAGUCUUAGUCAAUGCUUAUGCUAUACAUAGGGACCAGAAAUCAUGGGAAGACCCAACAACUUGUCCUGGGGCAGGGUUGGCCCAACGAGUGGUGAGCUUGACUUUGGGGUCCAUGAUUCAGUGCUUUGAAUGGAAUAGGGUAAGUGAGGAGCAAGUUGACAUGACUGAAGGACGAGGAGCGACAAUGCGCAAAGCCCAGCCUCUAGAGGCUAUGUGCAAAGCUCGGCCCAUUGUCAACAAGGUUCUGUACGGGGUUGAAUAGAAUAGGUAGUUGUUUUAUUUUAUUUUAUGUUAAGAGUGUGGUUUUUUUUUUUUUUUUUUAAUUAGUAUAUAUGAUGAUCAAUUAGGGCGUAGUCAUUCCCUUUUACAAACCCCUUCCCAGUGAUUUCAUUACUCAAAUUUAAGAUUUCAAAAUUGAAAUAUUAAGUUUUUAUCAAUUUUUUAUUACUUUGAAGUUGUACCAUACAGUUUUUAAUCUUUGCAAGUAUGUACGACUUGCAACAAGGUAAGGUAAUUAACAAAUUUGAGAAGUGUAAUUGUGGUUUUAGGAAGAUGAAUUGGAGAAAAUUUUCCAGGGAGAGGGUGAGUCUGAAGCAGAGGAAAACAAAUUGUAAUCUAAGCUUGAAUAAAUUGAAGUUGUUUGC